UAGCUUUGUCUUUCAGUGGGCUUAUUUAAGCGGCCCUUCUUUUCUAUCUGCAUCAGCUACUGCUGAUGUGUCUUUUUCAUCCAGUAAAGGAGCGCUCAUAUUUCUCUUGAGUAGUACCUCUACUCCUUCAGAAUACCAAUAAGUCUUACGUUGGGCCUAAAAUCAAUAUGAUCCUUUCCAAAUGUGUAUUUAUUCCUCUCAGAUUGUCUCUCAACCUUAGAUGCUCUGCUGUGCUGUAGGACAGAGAAGAGGCUGGUGAAGGAGGGAGGACUUGAGGGGAAUGUGAGGGCUGUCAGACUUGGUUUUGUUCUGCUGGUUGGUGAAAUUUGCGGUUCCAGUUUUGGACAAGAAGUCAUCUCAGAACUUUAAAAGACAGGAAUGUGACUUGUGUUGUAAUUUGCUGGUGCGGGUGAACUCGAACCAUCAGUUUUGGUGUGCUUCCUGUUGUUCAGUUUUGUGUAACUUUCUCCAUGGAUUGUAUGCCAUUUAAACACCUGCACAUGGCCCGAGAAACGUGUCUGAUCUCAAAGACGUCAGCAGGGUCCUGACAAGACCAGGAAAUGACUCCCUCCCUUUCAGUCGGAGGAGUGAUGUCAUCGCAGGGAGAGGGUGAGAUUGGCUAAGGCUUUAUUGAGCUUGACGUUUUAUCACUAAGUGCACGCGACGUAUGACCACAUGCACCAGUCAAUACGAGGACACAGAGCAGGAAAAGUGAGAACCAAAUGACAUAGUAACACAUGUGUGACUCGUUAUAAACCCCCCAGGGAGAGAGUGGGAGGCAAAGGCACGCAGAGAGACAGAAAUGCAGUUAGAAACCCAGAGGGGAAGAGGGACAGCAUGAGUGUGCAUGCUGAUGGGGAUAGGAGUGUGUGGAGCUACAGAGCUGCAGAAUCCUGAAUCCAGCAGAUGGAGACUCCAUGUCCUUGUUUUGCGGUGAUCUUUGGGAGCAACAUGCAGCUCGCGCCGCUGCCUCGCACUGCUGCAGUGGAGGAGUAAAUGCGGAGCCCAACACUGCUCCAGGUGAUCCACACGCAGCCCAGCCCGGCAGACUGUUCCCUCCUUAGCCUUCCCUCUCCUCCUCCUCCUUUUCCUCCUCCUCCGCCUCCUCCACCUCCUCUUCCUCCUCUUCUUCCUCUUCCUCCUCUUUCAGUGCUCCAUUCCUCUGAGGGCUUUGAAAAAAUUACAAGAAAGGAACAGAAACCCUGCUUUCCCCCUCCGUUCUCAGAUGUGAAACACCUCUACAUGACUGUCCGCCACUUCCCUGUCAUCAAGUGAAGACGCGCCGCAUAUGUGCUCCAAUGUCUCCGGAACAUAGACUCGCUGCAAGACCAGACAUUUUCACGUUGGUCCCCGUCUCGAAAGUUCAAUGAAGGCAGACGCCUCCCUCCAGCCAGGAACAUGAAGGGCUUAUCAGGCAGCCGUUCCCAGCACCAGAUCCCUUUACCCUAUGGCUUGGACUAUGACCCCCACGUUCAUGACCUCCACGCUCACCAUGGCUCUGACUCCCGCCACUCGUCCUACCUGCUCAGCCCCACAGAGAGCUGCCCCAUGGACUUCCAUCACCCCUACUCGCCGCGCAGCUCCAUCCACUCUGACUGCAUGAUGAUGUCCCCGGUCAUGAUGCCUCCAGUUGCUGUGUCUGAACACAUCUCCAGCAGCACAUUCCCCAGAAUGCACUACAGCUCACAGUACUGUGACUCAGCCACACGGGACGACUGCGCUGCCAUCACAGCCUCUGCCACCUCCCCAGCUGUUGCUGCUGCUGCGGCGGCGGCAGCCGCCUCUUCCCAUCUCACCGGCACCAAGAGCAACCGCCUUCCUGCUAACCUGCUAGACCAAUUUGAGAAACAAGUGCCACUACACCGCGAUGGCUUCCACACGUUACAGUAUCAGCGCACUUCCACUACCACUGAGCAACGCAGUGAGAGUCCUGGCCGCAUCCGACACCUUGUUCAUUCUGUCCAGAAGCUUUUUACCAAGUCCCACUCCCUGGAGGGAUCAUCCAAGAUGAAUGGCACAAAAGGUGACAUGAUGGGAGGCGGAAGUUAUCACCAUCAUGGUCACCAUUCCACCAAACAUGGUAGCAAGAGAAGCAAGAGCAAAGAACGCAAGCACCGCUCUGGUGGCUGGUGGAGCUCUGAUGAUAACCUGGAUAGUGACAGCACCUACCGCACACCUAGUGUCAUGUCGCGACACCAUGGGGAACAUGUCAGCCACUGCUACCCAGAUUCCAUGCACAGCCACAACUUUGGAGACCUGUCACUCAAGACUUCUAAGAGUAACAAUGAUGUCAAGUGCUCGGCCUGCGAGAGCAUGGCUAUGGCGCCCGAGGGCAAGUUCAUGAAGAGGAGCUCCUGGUCGACACUGACAGUCAGCCAGGCCAAGGAGGCCUACAGGAAGUCAUCGCUUAAUCUAGAGAAACCCAUGAUGCAUUCGAUGCACUCCGACCUCAAGCCUUCAUCGCGAACAUGUCACUACCUGCAGGUGCCCCAGGAUGAGUGGGUUGGAUACCCAGGCGAGAAGGAUGAGGAGAUCCCAUGUCGGCGGAUGCGCAGCAGUAGCUAUGUCAAAGCUAUGGGAGAGGUGGAUGAUGAAAGUGGUGACUCUGACACCAGCCCUAAGACCUCCCCACAGAAGGCCAUUCCAUCUGAUGCUCUGGUGCUCAAAUCAGCCAUGCAGAGACCUCAUUUAGACUCCCACAGCCAGGGCUACCACUUGCAAACCACAAGAGAUAUGCGACCCCACCCUAGUGUCACGCUGGACCCUGCCACCUUUCACCCCCCACCCUUCCGCUCACGCAACCAGAGCUACAUGCGCGCCGUCAGCACCCUCAGUCAGGCUAGCUGCGUCAGCCAGGUGAGUGAGACUGAGAUCAAUGGCCAGUUUGAGUCAGUUUGCGAGUCCGUUUUUAGUGAAGUAGAAUCCCAGGCCAUGGAAGCCUUGGACCUGCCUGGUUCGUUCCGCACUCGAAGCCACAGUUACCUCCGUGCAAUUCAGGCUGGUUAUUCCCAAGAUGACGACUGCUUGCCUUCAAUGACAUCCUCCACUGUCACUUCAACUCUCAGAUCCACAACAGGGAUUCAGUUUCGUCUCCCUACUUCCUGCAGUGUGGACCGCGCUCAGCCGCCUCCAGCUGUAUCAUAUCCUCCCAGUUACAAGAAGACUCCACCUCCUGUGCCCCCGCGCACCACCACCACCACCAAGCCUCUUAUCUCUGUGACAGCCCAGAGCAGUACAGAGUCCACCCAAGAUGCCUACCAGGAGGGCAGGCAUCCACGGGGUGGGCUGUGGACCACGGAUAGCCUUGGUCGUCCAAUCUACAGCUCCAUGGACAGCUUGGACAGCACCAAGGCGGUCACUAUGGCCAUGGAGUCAGCAGCAGGCAAGAGGCAUGCAUCUUUGGGCAGCCACAGCUCAGUCCAGACAUGCGAUAAAGCAGUGCUGGUGUCCAAGGCCGAGGAGUACCUCAAAACCCCACGUUCCUCUAUCGGAAUACAGGUGGAAACAGUAACGGAUUCUGAGACUGAAAGUAAAGGCCUUCCUCAGUUCCAUUCUAUAGGUAUCCAGGUGGAGGAUCACAAACGGCAUGGGAGGUUCAAGCGCUCCAACAGUGUGACCACUGCAGUACAAGCAGACAUGGAGUUGGAGGGCUUUCCCUCCAUGGAGGACAAGGGCUUGCAGUUUGGUGGUGGCUUCGGUCGCCACUCUGAGCCCAGCACGCCCACGCAGUAUGGGGCGAUCCGUACGGUGCGCACACAAGGCUUGUUCAGUUACAGGGAGGACAACCGGGCAUCCAGUGGGCCCCCCAGCCCACAGCCUGAAACCUGGCUGGUUGAACCCAGUCUGGAGAGCGCCGAAACAGGCCGAGUGUCCCCCCUUCGCAGGGACGGCAGCUGGUUCAUGCAGCUCCUUCACAAUGAAACUAAGCGGCUGGAGGGAUGGUGCAAAGAGAUGGAGAGAGAAGCGGAGGAGCAUGACCUGACAGAGGAGAUCCUAGGAAAAAUCCGGAGUGCCGUGGGGAGUGCUCAGCUACUAAUGUCUCAAAAGUUUCAGCAGUUUUACUGGCUAUGUCAGCAGAAUCUGGACCCUAGUGCCAUGCCCAGACCCACAUCUCAGGACCUGGCUGGAUUCUGGGACCUCUUGCAGCUUUCCAUUGAUGACGUCACUGCCAAGUUUGAUGAGCUGCAGCAGAUCAAGAGCAACCAGUGGCAGCUGGUGGAGAGCCCAGCAAAAAAGGAGCGGAAGUGGCCACCACCUAUGCCAAAGCGGCCGUCCAAGGGGCGUGGCGGUAUCAUGCGAGAGCGCUCUCUGGACCUUCAGGACCGCCAGCGACAGGAAGCCCGCAGACGCCUCAUGGCCGCCAAACGAGCAGCGUCUUUCAGACAGAACUCAGCCACAGAGAGGGCAGACAGCAUCGAGAUCUACAUCCCUGAAGCCCAGACACGGCUUUGAGGUUUACGGAUUUAUCCUUAGCUCCUCUUGUUCACCGCCACCAAAUACCAGCUCGUCGCAUCACAUCCAGCCUCCUGUCAUCUGUCACUGUUUGUCCACUUUUUCAUAAUUUUUCACCAUUCUUUGGGUUGCCCCUACUGAAGCUACACUAGGCAAGAAUUUGUUGUUGUGGAAGUUGUAAUGCAUUCUUAUUAUCAGCUUAGUGGGAAGUUGGAUGAGUCAGUUGAGUUAGGUGUGGAUGGUUGUUUUCUGACAGAAAUUCAUAAAUAAAACGUUUAAAAGGAAGCUCAACAC